GUGGCGUCCAUGCAGGAACAGCACUUUGGUUGUGUUCAACCCGCUUGAAUCAUUGCACGCGCAUGCGCACACUCUUAGACACACACACGCACACAGAGAGACUUCUAAAAUUAAAAGCCUUUAUUUGAUUGCUCUUUUUAACGAAAUUAAACGACGUUCUCGUGCGCCGUUUACGUCACAGGCGAAUAUCUGGGUUCAGUGCAAAUGAUUGCGUCCGGCUGCACUACAAUAAAACAUGCCUUUAUAUAAUGCUGAUUAAGGAGGAUAUAUGAAAGAGCCAGUUCCUCUUUUCUGCAUGUGGCUGAUGCACAUCUGCUUGAUGAGAGUGAUUGUGGGUUGAUGCAUUCAUUUGAGAAUCUGGGACUGAAACGGAGACAGAAAUCACUAACAAAGAGUCUACUGUACAAGCAAGAUGAUUGCUGUGUUAGUGUUGCUCAUGGUGGGCCUGGUUUCUGGCAGUACUGUCUGUCCAAAUGGGAAAAAAUGUCAAGACAAAAAUACCUGCUGCCAAACUCAGACAGGAUAUGCAUGCUGCCAAUAUCCAUCUGCUGUAUGCUGUCCAGACAAGGUCCACUGCUGUCCACAAGGGUAUCAGUGUGACGUAGAGACUCGGCUGUGUAAGAAAAAGGAGCUUCCAUGGUAUAGAAUCCCUCUUUCCCCUCAGAUACCUGCAGAGAAGGAGGAAGAGAAGGAGGAGAAGAGCGUUCCUGCUCCUCUGGUGAAAUCUGACAAUCCUUCUGUCUCUGUGGUUCACUGUGACAAUACCUAUGUCUGCCCUGAUGGUACAACGUGCUGCAGGUCUCCUUUUGGGCAGUGGUUCUGCUGCAUAUACAGUCUGGGUCAGUGCUGCCUUGAUGGCGUACACUUCUGUCCCUUUGGUUUUUACUGUGACAGCACAUCCACCCACUGUCUUAGGGGAACACUGAGUCUUCCUGCGUCUCCACAGAUCGCUGCCGUGCAGAUCAACACCAUUCAGAUACCUGCAGAGGAAGAGGAGAAGAGCGCUCCUGCUCCUCUGGUGAAAUCUGACGAUCCUUCUGUCUCUGUCGUUCACUGUGACAAUACCUAUGUCUGCCCUGAUGGUACAACGUGCUGCAGGUCUCCUUCUGGGCAGUGGUUCUGCUGCAUAUACAAUCUGGGUCAGUGCUGCCGUGAUGGCGUUCACUGCUGUCCCUUUGGUUUUUACUGUGACAGCACAUCCACCCACUGUCUUAGGGGAACACUGAGUCUUCCUGCGUCUCCACAGAUCGCUGCCGUGCAGAUCAACACCAUUCAGUUACCUGCAGAGGAGGAGGAGAAGAGCGCUCUUGCUCCUCUGGUGAAAUCUGACGAUCCUUCUGUCUCUGUGGUUCACUGUGACAAUACCUAUGUCUGCCCUGAUGGUACAACGUGCUGCAGGUCUCCUUCUGGGCAGUGGUUCUGCUGCAUAUACAGUCUGGGUCAGUGCUGCCGUGAUGGCUUUCACUGCUGUCCCUUUGGUUUUUACUGUGACAGCACAUCCACCCACUGUCUUAGGGGAACACUGAGUCUUCCUGCGUCUCCACAGAUCGCUGCCGUGCAGAUCAACACCAUUCAGGAUCAGUGCUGUCAGAGCAAGACAGGCUGCUGUCCCAUUGGGUUUCACUGUAAUGAGGAGAGCAAAGCCUGUGUGAGAGACUUCGACCACUUGUCUCUUCUGAAGUCCACAAGAAAUCUCCAGAAUCAGGCUGGGAUUAUACACUGCAGUGACCGAUUCUAUUGCCCAGCUGGAAACAGCUGCUGCAAGACACUAACCGGCCAGUGGGCAUGCUGUCCAUAUAUUCUGGGUCACUGCUGUAAGGAUGGAAAACACUGCUGUGAAUAUGGCUAUGACUGUAAUUGUACAUUUACUAAGUGCAGAAGAGGCUCCUCAAGCGUUCCUGCUCUUCCCACAAAAGAAGCACUGAUCAUCUGAAUCCUUCUUCCUUGAUCCAAAGGCUAAGUCCAUAAAAAGCCAUCAUAAUUAAAAGCAUGUUAUUUGAUCAACAAAUGUCUUACUUUUUUAAACUUUAUGAUUUGAAUUUUGUUAUGCUACAAUAAGCAGGACCACUUACAUUCUUUCUUUUUGCAUAUGCAAAUAAAUAAAAAUGUAUUUUAAUCACAAA